AUGAACGCCAUGAGGGGAUUGCCGAACAUAUCCCAGUCCCCCCGCCUCCGUCCUUCCGCACCCGUCCCCUGGCUCCCCCACCGUCGGCCUCGCUCUGCCCAUAUCUCGGCGUCGCGUGUCCGGCCGUCCCAAAUCACUGCAACUGAUCGCCAGGCGACGAUCGAAGAUCGGCUCAUGUCGUGCUGGACCGGCGCGCUGGCAGCGUCGGCGGCGAUCGCGCUGGCGGCGUCGCUGUUCCCGGGCGCCGCGGCGGCGGCCGAGUACAAGAAGGGCGGCGAGGACCUGUUCGACCCCAUGCGGUACACGGGGCGAUGGUACGAGGUUGCGUCGCUGAAGCUGGGCUUCGCGGGGGAGGGACAACAGGACUGCCACUGCACGCAGGGGAUCUACACGCCCAAGCAGAUGUCAAAGGGGAAGAUAGCUCUGGAGGUGAGCACAUUUUGUGUUCAUGGCAGCCCGCAGGGCCGUGUCUCUGGAAUCCAGGGCCAAGUAUCGUGCGCCCCUCCAGCCGAGCUCAAGAUGAAUCCUGCCAUUGAGACCGCACUGGAGAGGAAAGAGAUGAUAGAGGAGAAGUGCGUUCUGAGGUUCCCAGCCAUUCCCUUCAUUCCCCCAGAGCCAUAUGAUGUCAUCAGGACAGACUAUGACAAUUAUGCCCUUGUGCAGGGUGCUGUGGACACCAGCUUUGUGCAGAUCUAUUCAAGGAAGCCCAACCCUGGGAAGAAGUUCAUAGAGCAGCAAAAAGCAUUCCUAGCUGACUUUGGGUAUCCUGUUGGUGCCAUCCGCGACACCCCACAGGACUGCCCAGUGGUGCCCAUCGACGCGCUGACGAGCGCUAUGGGGGAGGGAACGACAAUGGAGUCGAUGAUGAAGAACACGAUGCCCAGCAGUGUCAAGUUAUCAGACAUACCAGGCGUGGAGUUCGCCGGGCCAAGGAAUGCGCUUGAAAGUGUGAAGGAUUUUGUCACACUGCUGAAGCGAGAGGAAGGUACUACAUUAGAGUAA